CAGAAACAGUUAAUAAAAUAAUAUAUCAUAAUAAAAUAUAUACCGAUGACAGUAUAAAGAAUUCUACACUUGACUUUAGUUCUGCAACAUUUAUUAAUCAUCUGUGAACUGAUCAUCUGAAACUUUCUCAAUCCAAAAUAUUCUAACCACUGUGGCGUGUUCAACAACGUUGUCCGGAGUGGUCCACACAUCUCACUCGGUUAACUUCAGUUCCUCUCCAGACGCGAGUGGACUUCAGCACAGUUGGUUUUUAUUCAAGUGUCGGACAGUCGAUGCGAUAUUUCUCCGUCUUUAACUCCCACAGCAUGAGAGCGUUAACAUUUGGGCUAACCAUUGUCCGACAUGGGGAAACGCAGUACAAUAAAGAAGGCCUUCUACAAGGUCAGGCUAUAGAUUCACACUUGUCUGAGAUCGGGCUGCAGCAGGCCGAGGCUGCAGGCUGUUACCUGAAAGAUGUCAAGUUCAGCAAUGUGUUUUCCAGUGAUAUGCUGCGGGCCAAGCAGACUGCUGAAACAAUAGUGAAACACAACAGUAGUUGUUCCGGUCUACAGAUGGCGUGUGACCCUUUACUUAAAGAGAUAAGCUUUGGGAUAGCAGAGGGGGGACGGAUGAAGGAUGUGAGAGAGAUGGCCAAGGCAGCUGGUCAGUCGUUUCCAGGAUUCACCCCUCCAGGGGGGGAGACUCAGGAGCAGGUGAAGGAGCGGGUCAAAGAGUUUAUGGAGAAAAUGCUCCAGCAAGUUGGAGCUGAACACUGGCAUGACAGAGGGGAGGAUGAAACCUCCAUAUCUGUUUCACCAGAAACGUCUCCUGUGGAGGGAAACGCAGACGACGGGGUCAGGGGCGUCCCUAUCCAUGCCUUGGUUGUCACCCACGGGGCCUACAUGUGCGUGGCAGUGCGCUACUUUGUGGAAGAGUUACAUUGCUCCUUGCCUCUUGGUUCUGACAAAGCACACAUGUUCUCCUUAAGUCCUAACACAGGUCUGUGUCGGUUUAUACUAACCAUGAGAAAAGAGGGCGACAGGUUCAUGUUGUCAGGAAUCCGCUGUGUGUUCAUCCACAGAGGGGACCAUGUUAAACAGUAGGAGUUAGAUGAACGUAGACUGAACACUGAGAGUUUACAAUGUAGGUUAUUUAUAGGUACUGUAUUUAUUUUUAUUGGGUGCUCGUUCAAAAUACAGUUUAUUCAUUUCAUUUAUUUAUUUAAUUUUGAAAUCGGCGGAUGGAGAGUUUUUAUUUGUAGUUCAAUAUAAGCAUGUUUUGAGUAUGGAAUUAUCAAAGAAAUUAGUUUUUUAUUAGCUAAUUAGAAAAUUUUAAAAACGUAUUUAGAUGCUGUUUGUCAUUAAAAACCUUAUAAAAUACUUAAAAUCACCAAAA